AUGGUUUCCUCCUUGUAUUUCAGGGAGAUUCUUCUCUUUUCUCUCAUCGGGAGUUCAGUUUCUAAUAAGAUUCAUCUCACGGCUCGACAGGAGGGCGGGUCAUUGGGCGCCAUUCCACUAUGUGUUGUUAGUGCCGAGGGCGCACUGUUUACGGAGACUUCGGGCGUCCUUCCAACCGCCGGCUGCCCCGGUGUGCCUGGGGCUGCGACUGGGGCUGCCGGAAUUACUGGUGCAGGCGUUACUGGAGGUGUACAGCCUAUAAGCGUUUCUCCAUCACUAGCAGGCGUAUCAAGCACCAGCGUUUCUCCAUCACCAGUAGAGAUAUCGAGUAUAGGCUCCUCUCAAGGACCGGUCUCAGCAGCACCAUUACCAUCCUUCAUCACCAUCCCAUCAGGGGCCUCCGGAUCCGGUGAGACAUUUUCACAGACAGUUUUCCCGGAUCUCGCAACCCUCACUACAACCGAGACAGUCACAACCGGUAUCGUUCAAACGGAUGCCAGUGGAGGCACAACCACAGUACAAGGUCCAAUUGUUGUGGGUCCUGGCGGUAUCGGUUUCAUCGGACAAACUGGAGCUCUGCCUACGGGUGUCAGCAUUGAUGACAACGGGAACCCUCCAGGAGGGUCGAAUAACAACAACCCAGGGGGGGACAACAACAACAAUAACAAUGAUGGCGAUAAUAAUCCCUCAACUCAGUCGGCGCAACAAGAGAGCACAGCAUCCGCGUCAGCAUCCGCAUCAUCUACAGAGGCAUGCAUUUUCACCGAGGUUGCUUGUACCCAGACAUGUACGGUCAGCUCAAUCUCCGGUAGUUUAGCUCCCACCACCUCUUGCGGCAGUCCUGGAUUGUGUCGAAGGCAGGUUGGCGGCGGUGGAUGUACAUCCACAACAGGCACGACCACCUCAACAUAUUUAACAACUGCCUCGGCCUCGGCCUUUAUUUGCAAGGCUGGUUCGUGUGCUGGCGCUGUGUGUGGAACUUCCGCCCCGAAUAUAGCACCAGCUAUAACCACGAACGCUCCGGGCGAUCAGAUCCCAAGUCUGGCGAAUUUGCCGAACCCAGCAUCCAAGAGAAGUCAUAGAAGAAUCACAAGAGUUGAUAAAAUUAUUAAGCGGGUCGUGGAUGUGGAUGCAGAAGAUCCGACAUCGAUCAGACAACUCGAUUUCACAGACCCAAACUCGUUAUAUUCAGAUAAAGCCGAUGGCCUUUCGGGUAAAGAACAGUGGUAUACAAACGCCCAGAUGCUUGUGGGGAGCCAAGGGCCAGGGAAUUUAAUUUUCGCUGUGGGGGAGGAUCAGCAAGAAGGAGGCGCCUCGUCGACGAAGUUCAACUAUGCAGACCUGCGGCAAAAUGCCAUCACCACGGGAAGCGGUCCCUCCUGGGGCUGUACCAGUGUGUUGGUCUAUUCUGAGCGGGGGGUAUGGAUUGCACACUUCUGGGAGCAAGAGCAGAUGCAAGCCGCCGACUUCAAUGGCCAAGUGCUUAACUUCAUCCGCUCGGGCGAACCGGGGAGGUUCGAAGGGCUCAGCGACGUGGUCCCCUCGCUCUUUUCUGGACCGUCACCCGGGGAGGAAGAGGGAGAGAUCGUCGAAGUCCCCGUCUUCUCAGGUGCCAUCAUCUUCACGCCCAGCUUCCGCAGAGAUACGGUGCCGCCAGGUUCGCAACCCACAGACCCCAUUUAUAGCGACCAGGUCAACCAGAUCAAGACCGUCUUGGUCAACCAGGUCCCCGGCUUCACGCUCGCGAACAUGAACCAAAAAAUCAACGUCGCCACAUAUCAGCCUGUCGAGGUCGAGGCCGAGAUGGUAUUCAAUCCAUGGCUUGGUCUCCUCACAUUCGAAUACGUGCCCCAACACGUCUCGAACGACAACAACGCGUGCGAAGUCCUUCGCGCCAUCCGCAUCCACAUCCAAGAUGCCAUCCAGUCCAUCAUCGCAUGGAACUGGCCCGGUCCCUCCGCAAACCCCAACGCGGCGGGGUCAUCGAAGUCGAAAAGCAAGCGGCAGGGCGCGUGUCCCGUCAACCUCCCCCAGAUCCUCUCGGCCCAGGGCGAUGGCACAGCCGAGCCCGCAAGUUUUUUCGAUAUCAGCACGCCUGUCAGUGGAGUGACGGGUGUGACUUCACAAGUCGGACCAGCACCAGCAUCAGGUUCAGCAUCGCCAUCAGCAUCACCAACAUCGCCAGCCACGUCACUGGCUGCAACGACGAGCUCGCAGCCUCCGCCGGCGGCAACCACAGCAGUGCUGGCCCCAAGUUCGACUCCGGCGGGUCCUGUCCUGUGUAGUAAUUGGGAGCUCAGCCCGAACGGCGUACAGGUGGGGACGGACUGUGAUGGGGAUCUGAACAAGACGGUUACAGUGACGGGGGCGCCGGGGAAGAGGGCUGUUAAGACGGUUUUUUGA